ACCAGCUUGACCAUGGGAGUCGAAGCGUUCGAUGUCCACGAACUCCUCAUGGACACCCUACGCCAGGGGUUCAGCUGGCUCGAAGUGGUCGGGGCUCGGCGCUUCGAGGCCGCCCCUGCGGGUACGAAAGAGCACGAUGAGCAGGUGAAGUUCCAGGACGAGAUAGAGGUCAACGGCAGGAUCUCCAUCGAGAAGGUCGCGUCCUUGAGCGCCGAGUACAAGACGGCCAUGGAGCAGGGAUUGGAGUGGGUCGUCGUACGACACCAGGUCGACCAGCAUUGCCCAGGCCUGGCAGGAUUCCUCCAGGCCGCGGGGAACGCAGGCCACGGGACCCAACGCCAGCAAACUAAAAUGCAAACGCUGCUUCAUAUCCAUCAGAAGGCCACUCGCAAGUUGAAGCAGCCGCCCGCAGAUCCUGAAGCAAUUUGGGCCGCCAUCACCUCGGACAUCGAGCGGGUGUGCCCUUUCCUGAAAGGGCAAGUGGUUGACAUGUGCAUGUUUGUUCGGCACUACUCGGGAGGCGAGGGCGGACAGUUUCUCAAAGACUUGGACGCUUACUCGAAGUCGUUGACCCUCCGACGCGACGUGCCUGGGAUGCUCUUCAAGGCUCUCUCCCAGGUCAAGCUCGCGCAGGGGCCUGAAUACCUGAUGUCUUGCAUCAUGGCGUCUUUGGUGGCGCCAGAUGGCCACGUGCAGCAGGGCGUGGCGCGGCCCCUUCAUUCGGCUGACGCUGCGACCAUCGACAAGAAGAACAAGUCGGCCAAGGCCCACCUCGCCAAGGCAUGCCUGCCCGCCGCGGCAAAGACGCGGCUGCUCGGGGAGAUGCAGGUGCGUUUUGUCAUGCACAUCCAGAAGAAGAGCCGCGGCAGGCGUGAGUUCGGGUCCUUGCUGGAGAUCGCGGACGCCUUCCUCGAGGACGUUGGCGAGGCCGCCCCCGAUGCCCUUCAGCUGCAACGGCCUUGGGCCGCGUCGGAGGAUAAGUCAGAGACCCAGGCGCCCUCGCAGCCUGCGCAGGGAUCCGGCAGCGGCCUCGUGGAGUUCACCGAGACUGGGGUUGGAGAGGAGGCGAUGGCGGCGGGCGGUUUCGUGGUCGGGGCCAUGGUCUUCAACGUAGGCGCCGCGGAGACG